AGUGUCCUAAUUGGGGCGUCUGACUAUCAGUCAAAAAAUAUUUACUGCUGGCAGGUGGUGCUUUAACAGAGUUCCAGGUGUGUGGGACGAGAAACAGGAAGUUCAUCUUUCGGAAUCGAAAGAGGGAUCAAACAUGUCCAAUGAUGUCAGAUAUUGUGAGAAGUUCUCCUACGUCUUCCUAAAGUUCGCCCUCAUUGUAUAUUCCACUAUCUUCUGGCUGGUUGGGGGGUUCGUCCUAGCCAUCGGUAUCUAUGCGGAGGUGGAGCGACAGCGUUACAAAACCCUGCAGGGGGUGUUCCUGGCCCCCGCCAUCAUCCUCAUCGUCCUGGGGGUGGUGAUGUUCAUUGUCUCCUUCAUCGGUGUGUUAGCCUCCCUCAGGGACAACCUGCUGCUCCUCAAAGUGUUUCUCUACACCUUGACAGUCUGUCUUAUUCUGGAGCUCCUCGGUGGCAUCCUGGCUCUGGUUUUCAGGAAUCAGACAGUGGAUCUCUUAAACAAAAACAUUCGCAAAGGAAUGGUGAAUUACUACGAUGAUCUGGAUUUCAAAAACAUCAUGGACUUUGUUCAGAGAAAGUUCAAAUGUUGUGGAGGGCAGGAGUACAAAGACUGGGAAGUGAACAUGUACCAUAACUGUACAGCUCCUGGACCGCUGGCUUGUGGAGUGCCUUACACCUGCUGCCUCGAAAACAAGCCUAAUGAAGUUGCCAACACACUAUGUGGAUUUAAGGUCCUUGAAAAUGAGAGGCUGGCCUUGCAGGACGUCAUCUACAUCAGAGGUUGUACUGAUGCUGUCUUCAUCUGGCUCAUGGAUAACUAUAAGAUAAUGGCUGGCUUGCUGCUUGGCAUCUUAUUCCCCCAGUUCUUGGGUGUGAUCAUUAGCUGGCUCUACAUCACACGAGUGGAGGAUGCCAUUGCUGAGUAUGGUAACUACCAGGAUGGACUCCUGGACGCAGGGGACAGUGAUGGCUUCAGGGAACCCAAGAAGCAGAGCAGAAUGGCCAAAUGUUGCAGGUGCAUGCCAGAGAUCGACUGAGCGUGCCUCAUGUUAUCUAACUAGCCUAAAACACUGCUGUGCCUGCCUCAGCCUUCCAACACACUGGAGCUAUCAGCUUGAGUUUUACAACCACUGUUCAGACCUUUUAGUGUGUGUUUUUGGUUCUAUUCAGGGAUUUUUUUUUUCAGGGGCUCAUUUAUUAAGGUUUUAUUAGGAUGGAAGGGUAUACAUACCGGUAUGUGCCUGUGCUGUGUGAAAAAUAAAUGGCUUUUUAUUAUUAUUAUUUUUCCUCAUUGGUGAAGUAUCGAUUUUAUAUAUAGAUUUACAGUAAAAACAUUUAACAUUUUCUGUAAUACUAAAUACAAAUAUGUAGCUCACUUGCCAGCCCCUCAUAGGAAUACCAAUAUUUCAAUCAUUAUUACCUCAGACUCCUGUAUUGAUGCCAAUGAAUUAAAUGGGACAUUUUUAGCUGUUCAAAGAGAUAUAUUUUCUAUGGUGAAUUUUUUUUAUUUUUAUAGAGGGUACCUACCUUGAUUUUUCAUAAUCAUUGGAGAUGUCAUGGGUUCAACACAUUUAAAGGAGUAGUUCAGGAUUUUGGUAAUGAGGCCCUCCAUCUACUUCCCCAGAGUCCGAUUAACUGGUGGAUACCAUUUGUAUGUACCUGCGUGCAGUUUUAAGGAAGUUAUUAACUAUCAUUAGCACAAUUGUUAUCUAGCGUUAGCGCAAUGACUGUAUGCUAGCUGUAUGCGUAAACUUCCAGUCAUUGUGCUAACGCUAGUUAGCCUUGGCUCGCGAAACUACCUAAGUCCUUUUAUACUGGACUUCCAUGAGUUCAUCUGACUCUGGGGAAGUAAAUAAAGGGCCUAAAAUCACGAACUAUCCCUUUAAUGGUAUAGGUGAGUAAAAAUCGAAUGAACUUACAGUAAGUUUAUGAUCAGUCACACAAUGUGGCUUCAUUUGAGUUAAGAAUACCAACGUUGUUAAUGAUGUACAGCAUACACAUGGUCUAUUGCCCACAUUUUAUUAGGAUUUUGUACUGUUAAAUGGUUUGGAAGCGUUUUAUGGCUUUGCUCAGUCAGUGACAUUUACCUGUUGUGGGAUCUGCUAGUGAGCCUCUUAAGCUCUUUGCAGAGCAGCAUCAUGUACUUGGUAUUCCUGCCAAUGAUUGUAUACAGUAUCAGUCAAAAGUUUGGACACCUACUCAUUCCAGUGUUUUUCUUUAUUUUUUAAACUAUUUUCUACAUCGUAAAGUAAUAGUGAAGACAUCAACUAUGAAAUAACACAUGGAAUCAUGUAGUAACCAAAAAAGUGUUUAAACAAAUCAAAAUACAUUUUAUAUUUGAGAUUCUUCAAGGUACCUUUGCCUUGAUGACAGAUCUGCACACUCUUGGCAUUCUCUCAACCAGCCUCAUGAGGUAGUCACCUGGUGGAAUUUCUUUCUUGUGUUUGAGCCAAUCAGUUAUGUUGUGACAAGGUACGGGUGGUAUACAGAAGAUAUCCCUAUUUGGUAGAAGACCAAGUCCAUAUUAUGGCAAAAACAGCUCAAAUAAACAAAGAGAAAUGACAGUCCAUGAAUUUAAGACACGAAGGUCAGUCAAUGUGGAAAUGUCAGGAACUUUGAACGUUUCUUCAAGUGCAGACGCAAAAACCAAGCGCUAUGAUGAAACUGACUCUCAUGAGGACUGCCACAGGAAAAGAAGACCCAGAGUUACCUCUGCUGUUACCAACAUCAAAAAUUGCAGCCCAAAUAAAUGCUUCACAGAGUUCAAGUAACAGAUACAUCUCAACAUCAACUGUUCAGAGGAGACUGUGUGAAUCAAGCCUUCAUGGUCGAAUUGCUGCGAAGAAACUACUACUAAAGGACACCAAUAAUAAUAAGAAGAGACUUGCUUGGGACAAGAAACACGAGCAAUGGACACUAGACCGGUGGAAAUCUGUCCUUUAGUCUGAUGACUCCAAAUUUGAGAUUUUUUUUGGUUUCAACUGCCAAGUCUUUGAGACGCAGAGUAAGUGAACAGAUCAUCUCUGUAUGUGUGGUUCCCACCGUGAUGCGUGGAGGUGUGGGGGUGCUUUGCUGGUGACAAUGUCAGUGAUUUAUGUUGAAUUCAAGGCACACUUAACCAGCAUGGCUACCACCGCAUUCCACAGCGAUACACCAUCCCAUCUGGUUUGGGCUUAUUGGGACUAUCAUUUGUUUUUCAACAGGACAAUGACCCAACACACCUCCAGGCUGUGUAAGGGCUAUUUUACCAAGAAGGAGAGUGAUGGAGUGCUACAUCAGAUGUCGGGUGAUUGUGAAGGCCAGGUCCUCAACCCAAUUGAGAUGGUUUAGAAUGAGUUGGACAGCAGAGUGAAGGAAAAGCAGCUAACAAGUACUCAUCAUAUGUGGGAACUCCACUGUUGGAAAGGCAUUCCUCAUGAAACUGGUUGAGAGAAUGCCAAGCGUGUGCAAAGCUGUCAUCAAGGCAAAGGGUGGCUACUUUGAAGAAUCUAAAAUCCAAAAUAUAUUUUGAUUUUUGUAUAGCACUUUUUGGUUACUACAUGAUUCCACGUGUGUUAUUUCAUAGUUUUUUGAUGUCUUCACAAAACCCUCAAUGAGUAGGUGUGUCCAAACUUUUGACUGGUACUGUAUGUCUGUUAAAAGCAUGGUCGUGUGGGAUUGCAUGCCUAGUUUUAAAGGCUAACUGUUACAUACUUAUUCAGACCACAAGUGCAAUCCGCAGCCUGUAUCCAUGGAAAAGGACUAAAUGAGAUGGUUCUCCUGAGACAGAACGAUGAAUGACUUCAUAUUUGAAUCAAUCCACACCAAAUGGGAAGUUAAACAAAUGGUCAACUUGUUUUCAAACUAAUUUUCGACUCAAGUUACAUCAAAUGAAUGUCAGUCAAAACUAUUGAUUAUGUAUUUGUGACAAACUUUUAAGGUGCCAUCAGAUUUAUUUUUUAUUUUUUUAGAUCUUGAUUUGAAAUCUUCUUACUGUUCAGUUGUGGUGGAGGUUAUAAAGUUGUCUUUUUUUAUGCUGUUUAUUUUUUGUGUGUGAGCUCACUGUAAUACUUUUGAGAAUUUAUAUAGCGAUCUGGUGAAUAAAUAAAUCAUAUUUACAGUCCUGUU